UGUUGUUUUUUUGAUUUUAAAUCGGUAUUUUUCACGUAGUGGUACACCUCAGCGCGAUUUAAAUCAAAAAAACAACAAACAUGCCUUUUGUUCCCGUCGAAACACCCAAAUGCCCCAAGUGCGGCAAAUCCGUAUACGCUGCCGAAGAACGCGUUGCCGGAGGAUACAAAUUCCACAAGACCUGCUUCAAGUGUGGCAUGUGCAACAAAGCCCUUGACUCCACAAACUGCACAGAACACGAGAAGGAAUUGUACUGCAAGAACUGCCAUGCCCGCAAAUAUGGACCCAAAGGUUACGGUUUCGGUGGUGGUGCUGGCUGCCUUUCCAUGGACACUGGUGCCCAUUUGAACAAAGAAGAAGAGGGUCUCCGUAAUGGUGCCCGUUUGGAACCCAAAAGAAUUGCCAAAGCCCCCGAAGGUGAAGGUUGCCCACGUUGUGGCGGUUAUGUAUAUGCUGCUGAACAAAUGUUGGCUCGUGGCAGGGGUUAUCAUCGACGUUGCUUCAAAUGUUUACUUUGUAAUCGUACAUUGGAUUCAACCAUGCAUUGUGAUGGACCUGAUAGGGAAAUCUAUUGUAGAGGUUGCUAUGCACAAAGAUUUGGCACCAGAGGUUAUGGCCACAUAGGCAUGUCAUCAUUGGGUCUUAUGUCCGAUAUAAAAGAUAUUGAAUGGCAAAGUGACAUGGCCCCCCGUACUGCUGUCAUUGAUGUAAGCAAAAUUCAAGCACGUCCUGGCGAAGGCUGCCCACGUUGCGGUGGCGUUGUCUUUGCCGCUGAACAAGUCUUGUCCAAGGGCCGUGAAUGGCACAGGAAAUGCUUUAAAUGCCGUGACUGCACCAAGACUUUGGAUUCGAUUAUUGCUUGUGAUGGUCCCGACAAGGAAGUUUAUUGCAGAACUUGCUAUGGCAAGAAAUGGGGACCCCAUGGUUAUGGUUUUGCCUGUGGUUCUGGUUUCCUUCAAACAGAUGGUUUGACUGAGGAACAAAUUGCUGCUGGUCGUCCAUUUGCUCCACCAAGCACUACAUCGAUUUUGGCCCCCGAAGGUGAAGGUUGCCCACGUUGUGGGGGUGCUGUGUUUGCUGCUGAACAACAAUUGUCCAAGGGCCGCAUGUGGCACAAGAAAUGUUACAACUGUUGCCAAUGCCACCGUCCACUUGACUCUAUGUUGGCUUGUGAUGCUCCCGACAAGGAAAUCUACUGCAAGGCCUGCUAUGGCAAGGCCUAUGGACCUAAAGGUUUUGGUUUUGGUCACACUCCCACUUUGGUUUCUACUGGUGAUGGCACAUCUACCAAUCUCUAUGCUGAUGGCAAGCCUCUUAGCGGACAACGUUCAUCGGGCGGUUGCCCCCGUUGCGGUUAUGCUGUCUUCGCUGCCGAACAAAUGAUCAGCAAGAGCCGCAUCUGGCACAAGCGUUGCUUCCACUGUUCCGAUUGCCGCAAAUCUUUGGAUUCCACCAACUUGAAUGAUGGCCCCGAUGGCGAUAUCUAUUGCAAGGCUUGUUAUAGCCGUAACUUUGGUCCCAAAGGUGUCGGUUACGGUCUAGGUGCUGGUACUUUAACUAUGGCUUAAACACAUUUCCAUUUACAAUCGCCUACGAAAACUACCACUACAACGACGAAAACCGAUCUUAAACCCAAAACGAAACAUUUGUAGAUUUUAAUGAAAAACUAAAAAAAAACAUAAAUGAUGAUGAAUUCACAAACGAACAAAACGAAACCUUUAUUGCAAACCGCGGAAAACUAAAUCUACGCGCAUCAAAAUACAAAAAAAAAACCAAAACUUACAUAUGAAAGUUACGACCCCCAAAACUUACGAACGUUUUUACAUAUAUAUGUAUACACAUACACACGCCUAUGCAUACAUAUAUAUUGAAAUUUUAUGAUACAUAUGUAUUUUAUUUUUAUUUAUAUAUAUUUUUUAAAUAUUUCUUGUUGAGGAACAUUUUAGAAACGAUUAUCUCGAACUAUUCUAUAUAUAUAUAUAUACAUGUAUAUAUAUAUAAACUUUUUUAUACUUUAUAUAUAUAAUAUAAUUACAAGAGUUUUAUAUAAAAACUAAACUAAAACAAACAAACAAACAAACCUGAUAACACCAUCACAAAAACCAACAAAAUGCAAAAAUCAAUCCAACAACACCAGCAACAUUUUUGGCUACAUUUACACGACUUAAGCGCCACCAAGUAGAGCAUCUUUGGGCGAUUGAGGAUGGAUGGAUGGAUGGAUGGAUACAGACAGACAGACAUACAUACAACCAACCAAACCACUCCCCCCUCAGGCAGACAUGGUGUAAUACUUUAAAUACCACUACUACUAGAAACCUAUCAUUACUGCUAUUAUUUAUGUACAAUUUAUUUAUGACAUAAUACUAGAUGAAGAUGAAGUGCCAUGCAUAUACAUAGUUUUAUAUAUACAUACAUAAACCAACAACAAUAACUAAAAGCAACUUAACAAUAAAAAAAACCAAAAAAAAACCUU